UGAUAGGUUAGCUUGCAACUUGCUAACUGGCUAACAAAACAUUAUUAAACUGAUGCUGUAGAUUUCAGGGCUUUUGUACAAACAUCUGGUGGAGAUAUGAGCCUUCCAAAGGUCCAGAUCUUGCUGGCAUGGACUCUCUGUGUAUUUGCUGGUCCAGUAUUCUGCUCAGAAGAUGAGACUCGUCUGGUGAAAAACCUGUUUACUGGUUACAACAAGGUGGUUCGCCCUGUAAACCACUUCAGUGAAGCUGUAGUGGUCACCGUGGGACUGCAGUUAAUACAGCUUAUCAGUGUGGGAAGGAAGAGGAAAGAGGGGGCAGAGGAGUGGAAGUUUGUUGCCAUGGUUUUUGACCACAUCCUGCUCUGUGUGUUCAUAGCCAUGUGCAUCAUCGGGAUGUUUGCCUUCUAUUGCUGGGAGACUCAUCAAGCUCAACUUGCUGUAGAGGCCUGACCCAUAGUAGAUUUUUUCUACAGUGUUUAUUUCUGCCACUCAGGCUUGAUGAUUGUAUUUUAUUACCGUUAACAAAUGGUAGUAAUCAGUUUUGUGGUUUAAAUAGAAAAAAAGGCUUUUAACAUGAAUUUUCAUUUUAACUAUAAUGAGCACAUGAGAAUAGAUGUGAUAUUCUGUCUCC